AGUGCUCAUGAUGAUUUUAAAGCAUACAUGUGCUCAGAAUGUUCGUAUGCAUGCGUGAGUAAAUCGAUGUUAACUAGUCACAUGAAAACGCACUCCGAAGUCUACCAGUACAAUUGCGGUAACUGCUUGUACAAGACUAAAUUCUGCAAUGCAAUGAAAAAACACCUAAAAGAUAGUAAGCAUCAACCAGGCUUGGUAUUGAAUCCAGACGGUUCGCCAAAUCCAUUCGCUACUAUCGACGUUUACGGUAAUAAACGCGGACCCAGACGAAAGACGUUUGUAGAAGAAAAGAAAGAACUGAUAGAAACCAUCGAAGAUAUACCGACAAAUUUAAGAAUGACUCACCCGAUCUCAUCGAUUUCAACUCCGUCAGCUUCGGUUUUAUCAAUUCCAAUUUCAUCAACUACGAUCUUAGACUUGCCGGAUUCAAAUACGGAUCAGCCAUUGGAUCUUAGUAUGUCCACAAUGACAAAAAAACAAAAUCAAUCACAGUUGGCCACCAUCAGUAACUUUUCAAAACGUAAGCGCAAAGCGGUAAAGUUAGAAUAUCCCACAAUAACAAUAAGUGAGAAAAAAUUUCACAUAGACGACAACGUCACGCAAACCCAAAAUAUAGAUCAAACCUGUACGGAAUCCUCUCUUUCACUUCUAACGGCAAGUCAAUCUGAUCUCCAGGAGACAAAUAUGAUACAUAAUAUAAAUAUAUAUAAAACAUCAUUUAUUUGUUACCAUUGUUGCAUUAUUUUUGCGAGUGAGAUCAUGUACGCAGUACAUAUGAGUUUUCACAAAGUUAAAAGCCCUUUCACGUGUGCAGUGUGCGAUCGGAAGUGCACAGAUCAAAUUACAUUCUUUUUACACCUCAUUCAAACAAAACAUGAAUAA